UUAUCACCGAUUUCCUACUACAUCUCUUCGUUCAAAAAUUCCUGGUCAGUGAAAAUGUUCUCACUGCCAUUUUCAGUUGGAACUCACAUCCCCAAAAUCCUCACCACCCCAAACCCUAAGCUCCUCACAACAAAACAUGUGGAAAAAACAGUCAUCAAAUUCUCAAACAAGAAACAAAAGACCAUCUCUCCCAUUGAGCAACUAAACGAGGAUCCCAAGGUGUUAUUGAAGAGAAGAGAAGCUGUUGGUUUUGGUUUACGUUUUGGGCUUGUUGAUGUUUUGUUGCAGCUGCUGCCACAACCUAAUUCCAGUGAAGCUGUUGAAGCAGCAGCAGCUCCCUGUGAAUUAACUGUUAGCCCUUCUGGCUUGGCCUUCUGUGAUAAGGUUGUAGGGAAGGGCCCCGAGGCUGUUAAAGGACAACUGAUAAAGGCACAUUAUGUUGGGAGAUUAGAGAAUGGGAAAGUUUUUGACAGCAGCUAUAACCGAGGGAAGCCUCUUACAUUCCGCAUUGGUGUUGGUGAGGUUAUCAAAGGGUGGGACCAAGGUAUUUUAGGUGGUGAUGGAGUUCCUCCCAUGCUUGCUGGGGGAAAACGAACGUUAAGGCUUCCUCCAGAACUCGGAUACGGUGUUAGAGGGGCCGGUUGUAAAGGAGGUUCAUGUAUUAUUCCUCCGGAUUCAGUUCUCUUAUUUGAUGUGGAAUUCAUUGGCAAAGCAUAAAAAAAAAUAUAGCUUCCUUUCAUCACCAAACUCAAAUGAAAGCUUGGAUAUGAGCUGUAGUGUUCAUUUUAAUUUUGUGGUGAAGAGAGGGAAAUUUUACAAGAAAUCACACUUAAUCCUUCUUUUAAGUUUUGUUAUGGAUUAAAUGAAGUCAUUGUUAUGAUAUUUUUACAUAAAU